UUGCGCUGGCCGAGUUAUCUCAAUUAUCAUCAAACUGAUGCGUGAAUAUCACACUCCCUUGAUGUUUACCUUGUAACAUUUAUCCGCAUGAUAUCUCCCCGCAGCCUUUUUUUUUCCUUUUUUUCCUGGGCUGUCUGCUAUCUCAUCACUUGCUUGAACCGUGAAUGUCAUAUCUGUCCUUCACUUCUCCUUUGUUUGUUAUUUACACCGCUCCUCUUGGUGGUCUGUGAGAUACCUUCAACGGCGUUUACUGUAGACGGAAAUGGCUAUCUCAAUCUGGUGCUCUGCGGAUUGUCUUCCCUCUAUCUGUCUGUGUCUGUAUAAACCGAAUUAUCUUCAGUAACGGCAACGUUCCUUAUUUAUUGAGGAUAUUGGAGGUCUCGCGUAAUAUGUAUGUGCGAUCUCAGGUUGCAGCUCAGUACGGGGAAAGAUAGGGUUGAUGAUAAGUUCCCCAACUCACUACACGA